GGGAUUGCAGAAAGGUUUACUCCACUCAGCACUGAAGACAUGAACAGGAAGCAUGGAUUUUGUGGCUCUGCUUGUCUCCCUAUGGAUCACAGCUGUUCUCUGUCACAAUGAGGAAGAAAAGCUGCUUAAUGAUCUGAUGGAGAAUUACAACAAGAACCUACGACCUUCCAAAAAGGAUGGUGAUAUUAUUAGCGUUAGUCUGAAGCUGACUCUUACCAACCUCAUCUCCCUGAAUGAGAAAGAAGAAGCCCUGACCACCAAUGUGUGGGUUGAAAUGCAAUGGAAAGACUAUCGAUUAAGCUGGGACCCUGCGGCCUAUAACGGUAUAGAAAUGAUGCGUAUUCCAUCAACAAUGGUGUGGCUUCCUGAUGUUGGCUUGGAAAACAAUGUGGAUGGUAUCUUUGAUAUUGCACUAUACACAAACACUCUUGUAUCUCCUGAUGGCUCCAUGUACUGGCUCCCUCCUGCAAUAUACAGAAGCUACUGCCCAAUUGUAGUCACCUACUUCCCUUUUGACUGGCAGAAUUGUUCCUUAGUAUUUCAAUCACAGACCUACAGCUCCAAUGAGAUUGAACUCCUUCUGACAGAGGAAGAUGGCGAGACAGUGGAAUGGAUCGUCAUCGACCCUGAAGCUUUCACAGAAAACGGGGAAUGGGCAAUAAAGCACAUGCCAGCCAAGAAAAUCAUAAAUCAUCAAUUCACUCCAGAUGAUGUCAAUUACCAGGAGAUUGUUUUUUUCCUAAUCAUCCAAAGGAAACCACUCUUCUAUGUCAUCAACAUCAUCGUUCCCUGUGUACUCAUCUCAUUUGUCAGUGUUCUGGUGUAUUUUUUACCUGCUAAAGCCGGAGGACAGAAGUGUACAGUAUCAAUUAAUAUCCUACUGGCUCAAACUGUCUUCCUCUUCCUGAUCGCGCAGAAGAUUCCAGAGACCUCCACAGCUGUGCCACUUAUUGUGAAGUAUCUCACUUUUCUGAUGGUGGUGACUAUUGCCAUUGUGGUUAAUGCUGUUAUUGUUUUAAACAUCUCUCUUCGUACCCCAAAUACUCACAGCAUGUCAAACACUGUCCGAGAGCUCUGCUUGAAAAAAGUCCCUCGCCUUUUAAAGAUGCACCUCCGGGCUAGUGAUGACAUCCCUCCAAUGGUCCCAUUAACGCGACGUAGUAGCUCCAUAGGGAUGAUAUUGAAGGCUGAAGAGUAUAUGAUGAAAAAGCCCCGCAGUGAGCUAAUGUUUGAGAAACAGAAAGAACGAGAUGGUCUCAUGAAAAUUGUGUUGGAGACAAUCGGAAGAAGAAUGCAAAAUGGUACAGCGGAUAACUUUAUACAUAACUUAAGUCAUGCUGCUCCGGAGAUUCAGCAAUGUGUGGAGGCAUGCAAUGAUAUCGCAACAAAUGUCAGGGCAAAAAAACUGUUUAAAAGUGAGAAUGAAGAGUGGAUAUUGAUUGGUCGAGUAAUUGAUCGGGCCUGUUUCUUAAUCAUGUUCUUCCUGUUUAUCAUGGUAUCUGUUGGAACUUUCCUAUCUGGUCACUUUAACCAAGCACCGGCAUAUCCUUUUCCAGGAGAUCCAAAACUCUACCUGCCACAUGCAUCAGAAUCCACGUGAGAAGAUCAAUAAAUAAUACUUGCCAUUGGGCAUCUGGAUAUGCACGAUAAGAAAUAGUCUGCCUUUUCAUACAAACAGUUGCAGUUGCUACAACUUUAAGGUCUGUCAUUUGGGUUUGUUCCCGUUACUAAAAUCUGCUAGCAGCCUGAAAUCCAGAAUGAGGUCCACAGGUUAUUGGACAUAGAGAUGGUUAUAGAAGAAAUGUGAUCCAUGUGCACCGAUGGUGGCCGUUGGGAGUCCAGUGUCAUGCUUGAACUUUUAGUCACAGAGCUCUCAUGGAUGUAAGAUGUUUUAGGAUUGGAUCGGAAAUAUGCCUAUAGUUGGUUCUGUUGCAACAAAUAGAUGUGCACAAACUAACUAAGACAAUAUGAUUCGAGGUGAUAUAUUCUGUGUUCUGUGAAACUAUAUUUUAAUAUUUAAUAAAGGCACAAAUCUAAAAUAAUGCUUUAGACGCACUAAAAUACUUUUCUCGUCUUCUUCUGUGUUUAAUUUGGUACCUCCCGAUCUGUUUGCAAACAUUUUGUGAUGAAAAAGCUUACAUCAACUGUACAGUUAUUUUUCCUCUUCCCCUAGAGGAAUUUAGAACUCCGGAGCAGUAAUGUAUCAAGGUUUAGAUCACAUUGUCAUUUCAGGAUUCCAAUUUAAAGGGAUAUUCUGAAUCUGAACACCUUAAAACACUUUGCCAAUGAAUUCUGCCCAAAGUUAGUAUGCUAGAACAAAAGUGUAAACUUCCCAUUUAUCGUAUCAGUGCAGAAUGGAAGGACUCGAGUGCCAGGGAGAGUCAGAUAAUGCCAAACCAUUGGCAAAUAGUCUGGCAGUAUACUACAGAUUAUCCCUGGAACUAUAACUAUUAAUGCUUACAGUGUUUAUGGUGCUUAGAGUAUUCGUUUAAAUAACUUUCCUGAUACAUGUAACAAGAGUUCAAUAUACCUGGACCUUGGUCUAA